ACCACGGCUUCUGUUACCUCAAAACCACAACACGCACCUUCAGCUUUCUCCGCUUUGUGAAAAAGUCACAAAGUUUUAGCUAAAAACGAUACGGGUUAAAAUUAUGCGCAUUUAUUGCAGGAAACGGCUUGUCAGUGCAUCAAUUCGCAGUGACUUUACAUUACCUCAAACUCCGGCAAACUGACAGUUUGACAGCGCGUGGCCAGAUUUGAAGAGCGUCUCCUCACCAACCGUCGCCCCGUUAAGGAAACCGAUCUUUUGCUCCGCCGACACGCCGCCAACGCGAUUAGACUGCACAGCAAAUAGUGGCAAGAACUCUGAAACCACAUGUGCUCGUCUCCAAACCGGAGAGACGCGGUUUUAUUUGUCUCCAGAGAGAAAAAAAAGAGUUGGCUUCAAGCCGCGCUGACGGAGACGUGGAAGGACGGUGGGCUCGUGAAAGGAGCGUGAAAACCGUUGGAUAUCCACGCGGUGCGUAAUAUUUACGCUUUUUUGGCACUGCUGCCUGAACAGUUGAAUUAAACGGGUAAAAUGUAGUCUGGGUGGAUGACUCAGUACAGUCACUUUUGAAGCUGACCGGAGGAAAGCGGUACCGGCGAAUGGCUCUUUAAACGUGUUGAAGGUGGACGCGUUUAAGGAAUAUUCAGUGUUUAACGGCAGUGCCAAGUUGGACGGUCUCAACAAAAUUGGCAUUGUUAAAAAAAGCUAAAUUCAGCUGUAUAACCUUUACGAACUCAUUUUACACCAAACGUGCUUUGUUGUCUCUCAUGGAUAAGUUAUCAAUUGGUCUCCAAGUAUUUCUUCACUGCGACCAGAUACCCCAUGAAAUGGAAUAACAUCAUUUUACUCAAACCCAUUCGAAGCAAACAGACGUAAUAUUAACGUUACAACGCGGGUGAUACGCGCAUUAAAAUACUAAAAGAAGAUAAAAAUGAGUCUCGAUUUAUUGGAAAUAUUAGCGUAACGCGCACGCGCCUGGAAGUGUCAGUCACCUGCUCACAAAGGUAAACGCACCUUUACAGAUCUGAGCUUUAAACUACAUUCAGAAUGAUGACCAGCGGACCCAACAUCGUCUACGAAUGGCUGAAAACCCUUCAGCUAUGCCAGUAUGUCGAAGCUUUUGUGGAUAACGGAUACGACGACUUGGAAGUUUGCAAACAGAUAGGAGAUCCAGACUUGGAUGCCAUAGGUGUUUUUAUACCGCACCACCGGCAGCGGAUUCACGAUGCGGUGAAAAGGUUAAAAGAUGACGAUAAGGAAACUGCGACUGGGCUUUAUUUUACCUUGGAGCCGAUGGCCCCGGUGUCACCUGUGUACCCGAGUCGUAUAGCGGAGCAGUACGAGUCCAGGCUGCGGGGCUCCAAGUCAUGGACUGAGCAAAGCAGUGACAGAGCCAGGCGAAACGUGGGGUACAUGGGGGCGCAUAGGAAUCUGACGGUGGGGAACCGCAAGGAGCUGGAGGUCUACCCCAAAUUAAAGCUGAAGAUUAUGAUCAGAGACAAGAUGAUCAGGGACGGAAUAAAUCUUGCCAGGCCACCAUAUUCUAAUAAGGACGGCUCUCUGGGUAAUAUCGAUGACCUGGCACAAGAGUACUCGGAGUACUACAACACAUACUUCAGCGACGUCAGCGAUCGGAUGGAGGAACUGCGAAAGCGGCAAGUGUCUCAAGAGCUAGACAUGGAAAAAGCAGACACCAGCCCCGGCUCUUCACAGAUCCGCUCAGACAUCCAGGAGUCAUUUGGCUUCAGCAGUGAGGUGUCCACACCAGAGACAGAAAAAAAAAUUCCCCUCCACAAGUCCAGCUCUGAGGAUGGAUCAGGGAAAUGGGACAACAAGAAGAAAAACAAAUCCUUCUGGCAGAACUUCCGAAAGUCACAGAAAGGAAUCACAAGGCAAACGUCAAAAGGAGAGGAUGUUGGCUAUUUGGCCAGUGAGAUCACCAUGAGUGAUGAAGAACGGAUCCAGCUGAUGAUGAUGGUCAAAGAGAAAAUGAUCACAGUGGAAGAGGCGUUGGCACGGUUAAAGGAAUAUGAGAGGAACAGACAGUUGAGCAGCAGUACAGACACAUCAGAGUGGACUGAUGGAUCCAGUCCCACUGUUAACCUCUCCUCCGCCUGCAAUUCUGUGGAUCAGUCAGAUGAUGAGCAGGAGGACUCGAAGUUCAAAAGGCUUCACAAGCUGGUCAACUCAACACGACGUGUCCGCAAGAAACUCAUCAAAGUGGAUGAUAGCAAAAGGCACGGUUCGCAAGAUUCCUUGAGUCUGGAUGCAACCCCCAUAUGUGAUGACUCAAACGCACUGUACGCCGGAGUCCACAAGAAGCCAGCUGUGUGCACAGACUCCUCUUUGUCUUCCCUUGCCCAAGAGCAGCUUUCUCUGGAUGGGGACACGGACAGUUUGACCACUUCUCCUUCAACCAGCAGUCUUGAGGCUUGGAAACCCACACAUAAAUUAGUGAAAACUCAAAGCACACACCCCCACGGGCUGAUCCGCCCGCCUCGAAAGAGCAGUGCCGGAUCUGGACUAGGUUUGGUGGGGGGCAGCGGCUCCUCUUUCUCCGAAUUGGAGAGUUUGGGGGACGACAACGUUAAAGUCUCCUGCUCGGCAACAGAAGCAGAAAUGCGAAAAGCCUUGUCAUCUCUGUCUCAUGGGAGAACAUGUAGCUUUGGAGGAUUUGACCUGUCUAAUCGUUCCCUACAUGUGGUCAACACAGCGUCUGAGUCGAGCGAGCAAGAGGCUCUGUACAGAGACCCUGUCAAAUCGCCCACAACAUCUCGCAUCUCUCUAGGGAAGAAAGUCAAGUCUGUCAAAGAAACUAUGAGGAAACGCAUGUCCAAGAAAUAUGCUGGGUCUCUCUCUGAACAGUCCAGUCUAGAUGGGACGCCCAGUUGUCCUCAGUCUCCUCAACCAGACACAGACUCUCUGGAGAAACCCAAACUAAAGGCAGGAGGCUCUGUAGAGAGUCUCCGCAGCUCCCUUAGUGGACAGAGCUCCAUGAGUGGACAGACAGUGAGCACCACAGACUCAUCCGCCAGUAACAGAGAGAGCGUGAGAAGCGAAGACGGCGAUGAUGAAGAACCGCCGUACAGAGGUCCGUUCUGCGGCCGAGCGCGAGUGCACACUGACUUCACACCCAGUCCGUAUGAUACAGACUCACUCAAGCUCAAGAGAGGAGAUGUGAUCGAUAUCAUCAGCAAGCCACCCAUGGGCACGUGGAUGGGCCUGCUCAAUAAUAAAGUGGGCACGUUUAAGUUCAUCUACGUGGACGUGUUGGCUGAGGAAGAGGAGAAGCCGAAGCGAGCCGUUCGCAGGAGGAGGAAGGGCAGGCCGCCGAAACCCAGCUCGGUAGAGGAGCUCCUAGAGAGAAUCAACUUGAAAGAGCACAUGCCAACGUUUCUUUUUAAUGGGUAUGAGGACCUGGACACUUUUAAGUUACUAGAGGAAGAAGAUCUGGAUGAACUUAACAUCAAAGACCCUCAACACAGAGCUGUACUGCUGACUGCAGUUGAACUCCUGCAAGAUUAUGACAGUAGCAGCGAUCCGGAGCGCAGCGCCCUCUCUGGCUCUCAGGAAAAACUCCUCUGUGAGGGACGCGGCCUUACAGCCGACUCCCCGCGGGACUCUGGUUGCUACGAAAGCAACGAAAACCUAGAGAAUGGAAAGAGUCGUAAGGUCUUGCGCCACAGUCGGAGUUCAUCUGGAUUUGAUUGUGGAGCUAUCAAAUCUCCAGACUAUCCAACUCUCCCAAUGACUCAUUCCACUGAAGCUCUCCAGCAGCAGGCCAAGAAAGAUCGCAAGUUCCCAAAGACCCUUCUUCCCCGGCCCAGAAAAGGUUUCGGUCUGCGUCUCAAGAAGGGCUCCAAAUCAGGACAAUCCUCUCGCAUACCAGUCAGCCGUAGCUGUGAGGAGUUGGAUGGUCCUCCGGAGGCCCCUGAGUCCUGUAAGCGCUCACAUUCUCUGGGGGAUCUGCAUUGGGAACAGGCGUAUGAGCAGAGGAAAGACCACCAGGUGCAGAACAAGCAGCAAAGCGGCAAUAAGGAGGAAGUCAAAGUACAUCCUGUACAACCAAAACUAGAGGAUGGUGGAGAUACGUCUGGAAGAGAGCCAGGUUCCGUUUCCAGACCUACAGUUCCUACACAGCUGUCCCUUAGCCCGGUGAGAACCCUGCCUGCUUCUAACCCCUCGAUACGCCAACCUGUCUCUGCCCCAACUAGUCCCGCUCCACGAACUCAUCCUAAAAAACCACCUAUUCCACCUCCCGUGCCUGCUAAAAAGUCCAAAGAACGUCUGCUGAAUGGUGUGCGACACCCUCCGUCGCUUCUGUCAGGUUCAGUGCCGAAUACGCCAACCCUACCCCCAAGACCUGUACACACCCCAGCCUCCACACCAUCAACUCCAGUGUCACCGGUUGAGUCUGAAACUCCACCAGCCCUUAGUCCACCCUGGUUGUCUGAUUUGCCUGAAUCUGCAUGUCCUCAGAUCCAUGGAGUUAAAGUAGCCCUCAGCAGGAAGACCUCGCAUGCCAAAACAAUUGACGUGGAGACUUUACUGGAGGACAGGAUGAGAUUAGAAGGCAUCGACCUCACCCAGGAGCCUUACUCUGAUAAGCACGGCCGGUGUGGUAUUCCUCAGCUCUUAGUACAGAGAUAUUCGGAGGACUUCCAGCAGCCAGUGAAGGACGUGGCGUCCGGUCUGGAUCAGAUCAGAGUUAAACAACUGCGCAAGGAGCACCGUAUGGCUAUUCCUUCAGGGGGUUUGACUGACAUGUGUCGAAAGCCAGUGUCUCCUGUUAACUCGAGCUCUGUUUCUGAUUGGCUCGUGUCUAUUGGAAUGCCUAUGUAUUGUGCCCCUCUAUUGGCCGCAGGCUGUGACACGCUGGGUCGCGUGUCAUCCUUGAACGAGAUGAGCGCGAAGGAGGCGGGGCUGAAGGAGGAGCAUCACAUACGUAUUCUGCUCAGCGAGGCCCAACUACUCAAAGCCAACAGCAGCACAGUACAGUCAUAAUACUUACAUGACUUCAUAUAUAACUUUUAUGAAACUGUACAUGCCUGGGGGUUCAAGAGCAACAACUGUUGCAUUAUAUCAAGAUACAAUUUCUAAUAUCUGUUAUUUCUGGUAUACUACAUACCUAUAAUCUCACAGCUGUCUGACGUUUAAAGAAAUGACUGAACUGGCUACCUAGGACUGUUACUGAAAGGUUUUCGGCAGAAAAGGUCUGGCCCAAAUCGAGAGAAGAAAGCACAGUUGUUGUUUUUAUUCAGAGAAUUUAUGCUUUUGUAUGACUUUCAAGACUGUUCUAAACUUCUGGCUUUUUUCAUAAAGUGCGAAAUUUAUUUAGAAAAAAGCAGUAAAUGAAAAAAAAAGUGUUUUUAGUACUUAUCGAUGAAGGAGAUGAGUAUCAAGAUGUACGUCACCUGGCCAAAGCGAUUCCAGGUUUUGUUAAUAUAAUGUAACUUUUGUCUCGAAACAGAUGUAUAUUAAAUAUGUAUAUCAAAAGAUAUCUCCUUUGAUGAGUCCUGUAAAGGAUAUGUUUAUAACAUUCUCAUAUGCAUGAUGUUGCCAUAUGGGGAUAUUGAGAGUAAUGCACAUUUUGAAUUCAGGCCAAUGGUUGGCCAUGGUUUUAGCAAGUAUGUAUCAUGUUUAUAUAAAGUGGGAUAAACCAUUUCACAAAAAAACAAAAAAAACAUUUGGAUGUCUUUUCAUGGUCACAUUUUAAAAAACACACCGCUUUAUACUUCGCUUAACAUAAUAGCGUAUAUUCAAAGCACAUUUAAUCUUCUGACACAAAAUAUCCAAAAACAUGACUUAAUAUUCUUCAGCUACGGGAUAUAAUGUUUAUUAAUGCUUACAUGAGUUCAAUUAUAUAUGUUGCUUUUGUUGUAAAUGAUAUUACUGCACAUUAUGUACCUCUUAUCAUAUACAAAUCUGAUGCAACUCAUGCAUCAUACAGCAGUAAUAUGCUUGCUGGAGUGACGUGUGUAGUUUUUUAGUUCAUUUGGUUUUGCCCCAGAUUGCCUUGCACUUUGAUUGGGGUAUUAAAAGACAUUUAUAAUUUGUAAAAGCCUAAAGCACACAGUCUAGCCUUAAAAAUUUCAAAUACAAUCUGACAGACUAGAAAACUAGUGACUUAAAAAGACUGGGACAGACAUUAUGGCUGCAUCAGAGAUCAUCCGUCCAAGCCACUGUUUGAAUCAUAUUAUCAUUUUAUUAUUUUUUUUUUGGAGCCUGACUGUUUCCUCCACUGGAUUUGAUGUUCAGUGAUGUCACUUCCAUACAAUAGCUCUUACGAUCACAUGCAUGUCUCCGAAGCAUUGUGCUGUGUUUCCUGUUAGCAGAACUUGUAGUGCAGUGUAUGCAUAUGCAUGAAAGAAAAGUUGCACAGAUAUUGUGAUUUCCUAUUCCAAACUUUUUGUCAUGCGUGGGUGUGUGUGUUAACAGUGGGGAUGGACAACAUAUUUCUCACACAUCUGGUGUUGGAUGUGGGUGUGUUCUCCUCUUCUGAACUGAAAUGAGUGUAACACCAAGCUUUAGCAGACAUCGGGUAGCACCAUUGCUUGGGCAUUCAUGUGAUGUAAUACUGUAAAGCAUUAUCAACUUUAAAUUAAGCACAAAAAAGCAAGUUCCCCCACUUAUGCUCAGGCUGUUUUUGAUGAAACCGACAGAAAACGGAAGUGAUAUUUUUACUAGAUGCUUCUAAAGAUCAUUUAUGUUUACAAGAGAAGGACACAAAGUAAUGCUUCCAUGAGGCCUUUUUUAAUAAUUGAUUUAGGUUCAUUAAUUUCUCACUUACUUUAUUUAUGGGUUUUAUAUCUCAUACCGCUCAGUUUUAGACUAUAACACUCAAAAAUAUUAAGUUUAACAGCAUUAGAAAUCAAUCGAUUCCUUUAUAUCGAGUUUAAGCCUCCAGAUUUCUAUCACUAGAGGUCUUUGGUAACAGUGAGGCUUUUUAUGUAGUUCAAUUUGAAAAAAUAUAUCAUUAAAUGUUACUGUAAAAAUGCACUUUAUUAAAAAGAUUACUUUUUUCCUUAAACGUCUUUUUUAUUCCAUUGUAAAGAAAUAAUGAGAUUACAAAUUUAAUUUAGUUUUAAGUGUGUUAGCAAAUUUGCAUUCAGGUCAUUAUGUUGAAGAUUGAAGUGGACUGUGGUGGUCCCUGACAAAAAUGUUGAAGUAUUAAAUCUUGAUAAACAUUAAUCACUUGUUAAAGAACUAACCAGUUAAUAUUUCAACUUGAUUACAUAUAUGAAUGAUUAACAGAGGUUGCACAUUCUGUAUGUAAUUGAUAUUUAAAUAACUUAUUUUUGAUUUCACAUCAACUGUAAUUAUUAGCUGUAUUAUACAUCAUAGAGCAAUACACUUCCAUAAAGUUAGCCAGUGACCUGCUUCAAUGACCGCUGUAAAAUGUAUGUAUAAAAAAUGAUUUUAUCUGGUUUCAGUUCGCUAAUGAUCGUCUAUAAAGGUUUUGCUUGUGUAUUUACAAAAAAAUGUCCUAAAAUAUUUGUCACUUUGAGGUGUAAUAAAAAGAAAUAUCCUGGGACUGAC